AUGCUGAGGAUGAAGCUCCCGCCGAAGCCGACGCACCCCGUGGAGCCGCCGCCCGAGGUGGAGGAGCCCGAGGCGGGUGCGCGGCCAGGGGCUAAGGCGCCGCCGCGGGUCCGCCGUCGCGACUGCCGCCCUCCGCCGCCGCCGCCGCCGCCUCCUGCGGGCCAGUCGCGGGCCGCCCCCCCGCCGCCGCCGUCACCCCGGGGGCUCGGGCCGCCUGUUGCUGGCGGAGCGGCGGCGGGGAUGGGCAUGCCGGGCAGCGGCGGCGGGCCCGCGGCGGCGCUGCGCGAGCAGGAGCGGGUGUACGAGUGGUUCGGGCUGGUGCUGGGCUCGGCGCAGCGCUUGGAGUUCAUGUGCGGGCUGCUGGACCUGUGCAACCCGCUGGAGCUGCGUUUCCUCGGCUCGUGCCUAGAGGACCUGGCGCGCAAGGACUAUCACUACCUGCGAGACUCGGAGGCCAAGGCCAACGGCCUUUCGGACCCGGGGCCCCUGACCGACUUCCGAGAGCCCGCCGUACGUUCGCGGCUCAUCGUCUACCUGGCGCUCCUGGGCUCGGAGAACCGUGAGGCCGCCGGCCGCCUGCACCGCCUCCUGCCCCAGGUGGACUCGGUGCUCAAGAGCCUGCGCGCGGCCCGGGGCGAGGGCUCGCGGGGCGGCGCGGAGGACGAGCCCGGCGAGCGCGGAGAGGACGGGGUGGGCGAGGAGAACGCCGAGAAGGACGGCUCCGGCCCGGAAGGCAGCAGCGCCGAGUCCCGGGCCGGCGAUGGGCUGGGCUUCAGGGCCCAGGAGGAACUGCUGCUGCUCUUCACCAUGGCUUCACUGCACCCGGCGUUCUCCUUCCAUCAGCGGGUCACCCUGAGGGAGCACCUGGAGAGGCUCCGCAGCGCGCUCCGCCGGGGCCCCGAGGAUGCGGAGGUGGAGCCGUGCAACUUUGCCGGCGCCAGGGCCCAGAAUGACUCCGCUCAUGGUGAUUACGUGCAAAAUAACGAGGCCAGUUUAAUAGAGCAAGCCCCAAUACCUCAUGAUGGACUUACUGUGGCGCCUCAUAGAACCCAGCGAGAAGCUGUACACAUUGAGAAGAUAAUGUUGAAAGGAGUCCAGAGAAAAAGGGCUGACAAAUAUUGGGAGUACACCUUCGAAGUAAAUUGGUCUGAUCUGUCGGUGACAACAGUAACAAAAACCUACCAAGAACUACAGGAAUUUCUACUGAAGCUUCCCAAGGAGUUGUCUUCAGAGACUUUUGACAAGACCAUCCUGAGAGCCCUGAAUCAGGGUUCGCUGAAGCGGGAGGAGCGGCGACACCCUGAUCUUGAGCCCAUCCUAAGGCAGCUAUUUUCAACUUCAUCACAGGCUUUCCUGCAGAGUCAGAAAGUGCACACCUUUUUUCAGUCCCUGUCCUCGGACCCCCGACACAGCCUGAAUAACUUACAGUCCUCUCUGAAGACUUCCAAGAUAUUAGAACACUUGAAAGAAGACAGCUCAGAAGCUUCAAGUCAAGAAGAAGAUGUGUUACAGCACACUGUAAUCCAUAAGAAACACACCGGGAAAAGUCCUACUGUGAACACUAUCGGUACAAGUUGUUCUCCACUGGACGGACUCUCCGUGCAGUAUUCCGAGCAGAAUGGCGUCGUGGACUGGAGGAAGCAGAGCUGCGCCGCCAUCCCGCCCCCGGAGCACUGUGUGGCCUUAGCUGACCAGCAUUCACCUGAUAAACGAAGUUUAUCUUCAAUAAAUAAGAAGAAAGGAAAGCCACAUGUAGAAAAGGAGAAAGUUAAGAAAACUGACAACAGAUUGAAUAGUAGAAUAAAUGGUAUUAGACUCUCCACUCCUCAGCAUGCCCAGGGUGGCUCUGUGAAAGAUGCGAAUUUGGACAUUGGAUCUGGACAUGACACAUGUGGAGAAACAUCUUCAGAGAGUUACAGUUCUCCCUCUAGUCCACGACAUGAUGGAAGAGAGAGUUUUGAAAGCGAAGAAGAAAAAGACAGAGACACAGACAGCAACUCUGAAGAUUCGGGGACUCCGUCAGCAACGAGGUUUACAAGCUACGGUUCUGUGACGCAGACUGUUGCUGUCCCGCCUCCGGUAGAAAUCGCUUCCUUAGGAAACGACGGCGGGAGCCUUUUGGAAGACCCCUCAGACGCGCCCAAGUAUCAGCAUAUUUCUUUUAUGCCGACUUUACACUGUGUCAUGCACAACGCGCAGAAGUCGGAAGUUGUCGUUCCUCCCCCCAAACCGGGAGACGGCAAAGCAAUAGGCAUGCUCGUUCCCAGCCCUGUCGCUCUGUCUGCGCUGAGGGAGUCCGGCGCGGCCCCUGUCGGGAUCCUAGGGCCGGCGGCCGCGACUGGAGAGUCAGAAAAGCCGCUGGAACUGCUGGCUGCCCCUUUACCUCUUCCGUCAACGUUCCUUCCACACAUCCCGAGGCUGAAGUUGCCGCCGCCGCAGGGGCCCUCCGAGAGCUGCUCGCCGCCCGUCCCCCCGCAGCCGGCCGGCAGUCUGGGCGUCGGAUCACCAAACACUGCCUUUAUUCCUGUCCACAACCCAGGUGGCUUUCCGGGCUCUCCUGGUGCUGCCACGGACCCCAUCACCAAACCUGCUUCCCAAGUGGUCGGACUCAAUCAAAUGGUGCCUCAAAUGGAGGGAAACCCAGGGACAGUCCCUCAGCCUACCAAUGUGAACGUAGUUCUCUCAGCAGCUGGCCUCUCAGCCGCACAGCCACCAGCUCCCUACACCUUGCCAGGCUCUCCCCUUGCGGCCGGCGUGUUGCCCAGCCCCAGCUCCGGCGCGCUCAGCACGGCGGCCACGUCGGCUGCGUCCGUGGGCGCCGCCUGCCUCACCCCCGUGCAGUCCUCGGGCGCCCCCGCGGUCCCCACCCACACGCCAGGCCCCGCCCCCAGCCCGAGCCCCGCGCUGACGCACAGCACGGCGCAGAGCGACAGCACGUCUUACAUCAGUGCUGUGGGAAACACGAGUGCCAGCGGGGCGGUGCUGCCGCCGCAGCAGAUGGGCUCGGGGCCGUGCGGUUCUUGUGGGCGGAGGUGCGGCUGUGGGACCAACGGAAACCUCCAGCUAAGUAGUUACUAUUACCCUAACCCUGUGCCCAUGUACCGAGUCCCGCCACUCUUCCCUCUGCCGUCCAUCUGCAAUGGCAGCUACCUCAACCAGGCACAUCAGAGCAACGGAAACCAGCUUCCUUUCUUUCUGCCUCCGACUCCGUAUGCAAACGGACUGGUGCACGACCCAGUCAUGGGCAGCCAAGCCAGCUACGGCCUGCAGCAGGUGACCGGAUUUGGGAGAUACUAUGCCGUCUAUGCCGCUCCCAGUGUAGUUGCCAACACGAGCGGCUCCGGGCCCAAGAAGAACGGGAGCGUUUCGUGUUACAACUGCGGUGUCAGCGGGCACUUUGCGCAGGAGUGUAAGCAGUCCUCCGGGGAGGCCGGUGCACAAGGCACUUACAGACUGAGAUACGCACCUCCCCUCCCCCCUUCUAGUGAUACGUUGGACUCUGCAGACUGAAGCGAGUAAAGCUUGCCUACCUAAUACACUGAAGUGUGGGGAGUCAUGGUGGGGCGUGGAGGGGAGGAAAGGAAAGGUAUUUUGUUCAUGUUUCUUUGUCUACAAAUUUCUGAGACUUCUAUGCAGUUGGGGUUUUUCAUUUGUCCUGUACUGAUGUCCAAAACAAAAAAGAAUGCAUUGCUUUUGAGCCUCUGGUCUCCUGGUUCAACAACAGGCUUGUCUGUAUGAUAUGUGUAAUUUAAACAUCCAAACUAUCAAAAGGAAAAUGGAUGUGUGGUGGUUUUUGUUUUUUUUUUUUUUACACUGAAUACUUGCUGUGUGCAAUGUUUACUGAAUCUUUAAAACUGUGUAUUUGACCUUUUUGUUUUUUACUACACUGGUGACAGUCGUAUGGUUUUGAAAAAAAAAAAAAAAGAUACUUUGCUUCUUCCCCAGCUUUUCUCACUUCACCCUAAAGUGCACUUCCUCCCUGCCACCCUCCCAUGUCCCAGCGGUCCAUCGCAGCGAGGGCGGCCCGUGCGUUGGUCCCCACUGCCGUAGACUGCUCUGCACAUACACUGAGAGUAAAUCGUUCCACCUUCGUCGCAAGGGAGAAGUCAAGAGUCCCCAGAUAGUGUGUAUAUAUGUAAUAAACAGCAUCACGUACAUACAUAUAUGCAGCGCUUGUUGUCCAAAUAAAAAUUUAAGUAAGUGGAAGAAGUAAAACCAUAUAAAACUGAAAAAACAUGAUGUCUGCAGUGGACCGAGAGCUUUUUCGUACAAAGAACUUUUUUAAUUCAUCAUACUUUUCUAGCCUGUUGCUCCCGAGAGACAUAAAGUGAACAAAGCAGCGUGAGUGUUGUUCUGUGUGUCUGUAUGGGUCACGGCGGUCAGUCGCCAUUUUUACUCGCAGUCCACCAUCGCGUGGCGCGCAGGGACGCUGCCCGCGCCAGGCCGCCUCCUGUCCCGUACCGCCUGUUACAGUGUUAUGUUGUGGUGAAGAUGUGUGUGGUCUGUUGCAACCUGCACAGGAGCUCUGCUUUUCUACAGAAGUCAGGUAUCUGUUCCCUAACCUGUCUCUCGUAGCGAAGUCACUUUUUUAACCGUGUACCACUCUGCUUGAUGAUAAUGUGAAAGACUGAGUGCCGAGUGUAAGAUGGUAUUAAUCAUGUCCGUGUCAUGUCACUAAGUUUAAUGCUGCUGUUUAAAAAAAAAAAAAAAAAGUUUUUUUUAAAGCCAAUCUAUGUACUAAAUUGCUUCCGGGUAAUUUUUGAUUUCCUAAAGUGCACUGAGGUUAUCGGGGAGGCUGGGCAUGUUCUUCGGGCUGCUGCGGUCACCAGCACCGGGCACCCCUGCCGGCGCCCCCUCCGCAGCCCGCCGUGCCGUUGUGGGCGCAGCGGUGGGGGUUGGGUGGGCUCUGUUCCCACGCUGCAGGGCCAGGGCGUCAGCGAAAGGUUUCUUCGCGCGCAGCAAGCUUGGUGCGCAGCCGAGGCGCCUCGACGUUUGGUCUUGGUUCAGAAGCCCAACAGGUGGCGAGACAAAAGGAAAAACUUGAAGAAAAAAGAAGCUUCGUGUAAUGCUUCCUAGGUAGCAUUUCUAUUUAUAGCACCAAUGUACAUUCUGAAACUUUCUUUCAGGGGUGGGAGUUGACGGGGAAAGGGUGGGUAGGAAGGGGUAGAGGAAAGCUUUAAUUUAAAAAGAAAAAAAAUUUGAGUAAAAAAUUAUUUUGAUUAAUUAUAUUUUAUUUGAUCUGGGUAUUUUUGGACCACAUUAUUAAAUGAAUUGUUAAGCUGCAGUUGAGUUGUUCAAGUGAGAGUUUUGAUAAAGCCACGUAUGGACCGCAUUGUGAAUCACUUGCCAGUUGUACUUUAUGGAGCUUAUUUUAUGAUUUAAAAUACUGUACUGUACAUAGGAGGUGUGCUACCUUCUCCUUAUUUGUAUGUUUACCAUAUACUUUGAUAUUUGAAAUGUUAUGUACUGGAAAGGCCACUUAUAUUUCUAGAAAAGAUUGGAUUUUAUGCAACAUUUUUUCCUUGAAUUAACAGCAAUAAAAAAAUAAAAA